AUGUGUCAAUGUAUUUAUGUUGAAUUGAAGACAUACACAUUCUGCAACAUCUAUUUACGAAAGAAAAACAUUAAUAUCAUACUUGUACAUUGAAUUACUAUAAGAUUGUGCAACUAUAAGUCUUUUUUCAAAUAUAAACAAAACAUUUUACUGUGUUGUUUGAAUCAUUUGUGAAUUGUUUCCUUUGUUUUGAUAUCAAUGAAAAAACUAUAACUCUAUGUUUUACACACUUCAGCUGACUACAUGUUUCCAAAUAUACUGUUGUUAAUUUAUUCAUAUGAAAAAAAAUUAGAAUUUCUCGACAAUUCAAUCAAUUUUGGUUCAAAUGAAUGCUCAUUUUCAUGUAUUUGAGCACUGGUUCCAUGUGUAUUGUCAUUUGCCUAGGAAAAUCGAUAUUUUCUGGCUGUUUUUGAAAUGAAAAUAUUCGUGUUUGAAUGAAUGGGCAGUGAGUUAUUUGGUACAAUUACCACAGCUUUCCCAACAACCUCAUUUUAGAAAAUGAAUUAAAUAGUAUUCAACACAGUACAUUGCAAUGGUUGACCAAUCUAAUUAUUCAAAACAUCAAGCCGAGGCAGCAUUUACUACACCUAGGUUAACUGUUUCACGGCCAACUAGUCUCUUGGCGAUGACUCCGGAAAAAGAACCAAUAAUUUUUGAUGCAAAUUUGAUCGGUGCACCACCUGAAAUUCAAACAUUAGUUGAACAUAUAAAAAUUGUCGCAGAAAGAUUUUUGUAUCACUGGAAAACGUUUCCAAUUACAAUCCCAAAACCGUUAUCAGCUGUGUGUGGUAAUAACUUAUUUGUAACACCACCGUUUGACGAAUUAGACGCAGUAGCAAUGGAUGGUAAAACCGGAGAACCAAAAAGGCUGUCUUUUCCACAGUUGAAGGCAAUUCAGGAACGAGGGGAGUUCGAAGUACCCAGCCAAAACUUUCCGGGUCAAACACAUCGAUGGCGGCUUUCCAGAGUAUUGCAGAAGGGUUCAUUGCGGGCAAGAGAAACAUUACUUGAAGAUUUGGCAUCAGCGGCGCGACUAAUUUUUAUAAAUGCCAAAGGUCGAUUAUUUGGUCAAUUUUUCUCAAUUGUCGAGAGUUUCAGAGCUCUACUGCAUGGAUUUUUGUUAUUGAUCGAUAUGGUAAUUGGCAUUCCUUCGUUGCUCGCUCAUGAUUUGGAUAAAAAAAUCAAAGAGGAGAGGUGUCGAUAUCUUGUCGCUGAAUUAAUUUGCAGGCCUGAAUACGAAGACUGUAUGGAAUCACUAUGCACUUAUGUUCGAAGUCAACUUCAGAGAGCCACUACGGAGAAAUUCGAUGUAGACAAUGAAAUGGCUGAUCUACCAAUUCCAUACUUAUUUCUCACACCAAGUGGAAUGGAAGUCGACUUGAGAUUAUUCUCACGGAGCACAAUGAAGAAAGCUUUACCUAUUAUUUUGAGCAUAUUGGAACGUGAGCGACGUGGUUGGUUUUUGCACUUCCGAGAACGUGUAAUUUCUGAAUUACGAGACAAAAAAAUGUCAGAUGCUGAGAUUGAGGAUAAGGUAAACGAAGCAGUAAUGCAAGAAUAUUUACAACGUGUUUACAGCGCAGUAUUGAGUCAUCCGGAUUUGGGAAAACUUGGAGAAAAAGUACCACAGUUGCUAGUGCAACAAGCGCAAUCAGUGGUGAUUAUGCAUAAAGCGUAUGAAAAGGUCGAAAAAGACAUAAAGAGAUGUAGCAAUGAAUACGAAAUACGUCUGAUUGAAGAUCAUCCCAUUUUGUCGAAGAUAAAAACUUGGCUUCAAAUGAAGCUGAGAGAUGAAGAAAGGCAAAUGGUUUCUAAAUGCAAAUGGAGAGUUCAUGAGGACGCCUUGUCAAUGUGUCAAAAACAUAAUCUCCAACAAACGUCGUACUUUUUAUCCAGAGAUUUAACGUUUAUGCGAGAACGCGAACCAGUCUUGCUCAACGAAUUACGUCAAGUCAAGGAACCAACACGAUGUUUUCAAUGGCCUUGCCGAAUUUGGCGUCCCAAAUCGUUUAUUAUCCGACGCAAUUUUCAAGGCUUGUCCGAAAUUAUACCGACUGUUAUAUGUCAGCAGGCAUAUACAAGCAUUGUCAUGCCAAGGCAAGAUCCAAGCCAACCGGUUUUUCUCAUUGAAAAAGAAAUCAUUCGAAAGAACAGUACGAGAUGGCCCUUUUGGCGUGUAUUGAAUAUGAUACAACGAAUAUGGUGCUAUACAUGGAAUGUAAUGUAUUUGUUGGGACUCGUUGUUCCUUGGGACAGUCCAUUAUCAGUUCGCGCUUUGUUCUGCAUCAAACCAUACAUUACUUAUGCAGGGUUAGAGCUUUCGCAAAUUAAUGGAACACUUUUCCCGAGAAAAACGAGUGUAACCCAAACUCUUGCAUCGCGAUUAUUGCAUCUAUGGAGGCACGUUUCGAAAGCACGAACGCGUUUCGAAACAGAACCCGAUACAGGUUUUAUCAGUAAAGGUAUGACUCGAGCUAUCAAUCAAACCUGGAACUACUUUUUCAAAGGGUUCAUUGGUACAGCAUUCAUUAUAUUUAUAUAUCCAGUAUUAUGCAUUGCGGCUAGCCUUGUUAGCGUCGUUCUAGCCUUGACAGCACCAUUUUGGAUCCCUAUAAUCGUAAUUUUCCUGCAUUUAUAUAUGAUUUUCAUAUAUGACUUCGAUUGCCCCAAUGAUGAUGAACGAAAUCGGUACUGUAUAUUCUUGGAGGCAAUCGUGUGGAAUAUUGGGAUUCAAGGGUGUUUGCAACCAAUCCUAUGUCUUUUUGUCGGUGGAAUUUUAUGUCCUCUGGCUGCAACAACUAUAUUCAUUGCCGGUAUUGUCCGAUAUUCAUUUCGGUUGGUGUGGGAUUUCAUUAUGUUCCAUUUGUUCAUUGAAAAAUGUGGCCGAGUUCCCAGUAAUGACAGCUUUGCUGUUAAAAGAAUUUCUGGUCCGGGUUUAGCUUUGAACUAUUAUUUCUCCAUCAAAUCUGAACAAGCGCUAGCUUCUUUAGAAGCAAAAAUGGAAUUGGAUGAACUGGAUGCUUUCCAAAAAUUUUCCGAAAAUUUCAUUCUUCAACCACAACGCGAUUUCAAACAGUUCGUAGAAGCCUGUUUCGGUCCAUUUUCAUCUCAUCUCAAUUCCAAGUCCGGGCCAUAUAAAAAUUUGGAAAGAGAAAGUCGUGAUCUACUGUGCUUACUGAAUGAAAAGCUGGAGAAGAGGAGACGUGAACUGCAAAUAAGUUUGCCAGCAAGCGUAAAGAACCGCAUCAGACUUCACUCAAUGGAUCUUAAGAUUUCCAUACAGCACGGAGCUCAUUUAUUGGAAAGGUUUUAUCCAAAGCAUGUUAUUGAUCGUCUUUUAAUAUCUGAAGAUGAGUUUUGGGACUCGAAAAACCUACAAAAUGGGGACUGGGCUGGGUUGGCGAGUCACUUGUAUACGGAAGUUUUCAGCCUAGAUUUUUUAACACCAUUAUGUGAGUCUGACACUAGAUUCCAUCUGGAACCGCAUCCUCAGCUUGACUUAGCACGCUACGUAGAAAUGGUGCAAAGUGCUAGUGAUACAACCGGUAUACAUGGACCUGAUUUACUUGGAAAUGUUUUUGCACCCAGGGGAAAUUUACAAAUCAACUCGCCAUAUUUGGAGGUUUCAGCUUUCAAUCCACGUUCCAAUCUGAUGGCAAUAUUAAAAAAAAAUGACAAAGGAUACGAUUUGUUAAAUCGAUCAACAAUAAAUCAAAUACGUCGGAAGCAGGCAGUACUAGCACUUACGAAUACAAAUGCACUGGCAGGAUAUAAAUGGAUGCACUGGAUGCGAAAACCGAAUAACGAAGUAAUUAUACCGAAAACAAUGUUGAAUCCGUUGCCACUUCCGCAUCCAGUUUGUAUUGCAAUUGAAAUUUACAACCGCGAUAGUGAUGAUCCAAUUCGUUUGGAUGACAAUGUUUCUUGGGAUAUUUUGAGGGCCGUUGAAGAGUGUAACAUUGACAUACAAGCCGUGGACUUUGUGGCUCGGUAUAGAGGAGGUGGAAAAUGUGAAAUGACAUCUACGGAAUCUUCGAUAGAUUCAUUAGAUGGUGAAAAUGACGAAGAUAAUCAGGAGCAGCAAAUAUCAUCUCACGGGUCACAAGAAUGUGUUGGUGGCAAAGAAACUCUUCCAUGUCAUGUUACAACGUCUGAUCAUCUCAACAACGAAAAAUCUUUCAAAUGGACUUUGAGUAAUUGGGGUGCUAUGCAACCGCAACGUAAUAAUUCCGACACGAUCCGAGUGGAUCUUGCAAGUCCUGAAGAUAUAUCACUCGACACGGAUAAUAGCUCUAGAGUAGUGUCUAAUUUCAAUGCUUUUGGGACGACCGUAUAAAAUGUAGAAGCUAACAAAAACUCGUUGCAGCUAACGACACUAAUCGAGCAUUGAAAACUUGAUUGGACUCACUCGAUAAGAAAAUAUUCAUUUUAUAAUAUUAUGAUAAUCGCACAUAAACGUAUUAUUAUAGAAUUUUUAUCAACACAUAUGCUUUUUAAUACCCCAACUAGCUCACAUUGAAAUAAUUAUUAAGAUUCAUUUUACAUUUUUUUUACAUUCAGAAAAUUUUGUCCAGGAUAAAUUUGUCGUAAUGUAAAUGUAAAUAGUUUCGUCGAAAUUUUGUAUUGUCAGGGAAGGGAACCUUCUUUCAAUUGUUCUACUAGUCAGUCACAGGUCGUGUUCAGCGACCUAAGAUAUUGCAAAUACAUCUGCUUUUAAUCAUUUCUAUGCUUCAAGUUCAUCUUUGGUCAAGACUAAAAUCAUAACAUAUGAGGAAUAUUUGUACGAAUCUCAUAUUUUGAAUGUUGAAAAAAUGUUUGUUAUUAAAUAUUCGCAUAGUAUUAAAUAAAA